GGCUUGUCCUGGAAACCCCUCAAGCUUGGCUCCUGUGUCCAGCUCGUUUCUCUGCUGGACUCCUUGAUUUUUUUUUUUUUAAUCAUUGUUUGAUUUUGAGCAGUAACCAGGCUUUUUUUUCCAGAUGUUAGUCCACACCUAUUCAUCCAUGGACCGGCACGAUGGCGUCCCAAGCCACAGCUCCAGGCUCUCCCAGCUGGGCUCAGUAUCCCAGGGACCUUACUCCAGCGCCCCGCCGCUGUCCCACACCCCGUCGUCAGACUUCCAGCCGCCCUACUUCCCGCCUCCCUACCAGCCGCUCCCCUACCAUCAGAGCCAGGAUCCCUACUCCCACGUCAACGACCCCUACUCCCUGAACCCACUGCACCAGCCCCAGCAGCAUCCUUGGGGGCAACGGCAGCGGCAAGAAGUGGGUUCGGAAGCCGGCUCUCUCCUGCCCCAGCCUCGGGCAGCCUUGCCCCAGCUCUCGGGCCUCGACCCCCGGAGGGACUACCACUCGGUCCGCCGGCCAGACGUGCUGCUGCAUUCGGCGCACCACGGCCUGGAUGCGGGCAUGGGUGACAGCCUCUCGCUGCACGGCCUCGGCCAUCCCGGAAUGGAAGACGUCCAGUCAGUUGAAGAUGCCAAUAACAGCGGCAUGAAUCUAUUGGACCAGUCUGUCAUAAAAAAAGUUCCGGUUCCUCCCAAAUCUGUGACUUCUCUGAUGAUGAAUAAAGAUGGCUUCCUGGGAGGCAUGUCCGUCAACACCGGCGAGGUAUUUUGCUCGGUCCCGGGCCGUUUGUCUCUGCUCAGUUCAACUUCAAAGUACAAAGUAACUGUGGGGGAAGUUCAGAGACGGCUUUCGCCCCCCGAAUGCCUCAAUGCGUCUCUCCUCGGCGGCGUCCUCAGAAGAGCCAAAUCGAAAAAUGGGGGGAGAUCUUUGCGAGAAAGGCUAGAAAAAAUCGGUUUGAAUUUACCCGCGGGCAGGCGCAAAGCUGCAAAUGUCACGUUACUCACCUCCCUGGUGGAAGGAGAAGCUGUUCACUUAGCUCGGGAUUUUGGGUAUAUUUGUGAAACGGAGUUUCCUGCUAAAGCGGUUUCUGAGUAUUUGAACCGGCAGCACACCGACCCCAGUGACCUGCACUCCCGAAAGAAUAUGCUGCUGGCUACCAAGCAACUCUGUAAAGAAUUUACGGAUCUGCUGGCGCAGGAUCGGACGCCAAUCGGGAACAGCAGGCCUAGCCCCAUCCUGGAGCCGGGGAUCCAGAGCUGCCUCACGCACUUCAGCCUCAUCACGCACGGCUUCGGCGCCCCGGCCAUUUGCGCCGCGCUCACGGCCCUGCAGAACUAUCUCACCGAGGCGCUCAAAGGCAUGGACAAGAUGUUCUUGAACAACACCACCACUAACAGGCACACGUCUGGGGAAGGCCCAGGUAGUAAAACUGGCGACAAGGAGGAGAAACACAGGAAAUGAAAAAUUAAAAAAAAAAAGAAAAAUGUUUUAAAUACAAAAGGAAAACAGAAAAAAUUUAAUUUUAGCUUUAAAAUGUUGGAUUGGCUUUGGAAGAAUUAUAUUAGGUAGAAUACACAUACAAUCAAAUUUAAAAAAAAAAGAGCUAAAUAACUUUAAAAAAAAACUGAGGCGUACAACGGAGCAACAAUAUCGGUUCUCAGUGUCUAUUUCAAGAUACACUUGGAGACAAACGUCCGGAUUUUCCACUUCGGUUCUUUCGAGCUUAGUAAUACUGAUAAUAAAAGAAAACCAUGAUUUUCCCCCUUUGGAAAAUAAACGUAAGACUAAAGAUGAGAAAA